AUGGACUCGCUAGCACGAUUGGCUGAAAGCCUCUCACAAUGUCAACAUCACUACAACGAGGCUCUCAAGCUUAUGCAAGAGACAUCAAAGGAACAUGAAUCAACAAAGCAAGAGCUGGAGGCGGUUUCUCAAAGACUGAAAGAGUACGAUGACACGCGGGCACAGAAUUUGGAACAGAUCGAAACCAUAUCUAAGGAGAAUCGUGAUUUGAAGGAUGCUGUCAACCAACUCAAGCAAGAACUCCGAGAUCAAGAUAGCGCUUACUUGCACGAGGAUGACUCUACGUUUGAGAAGAGCCUCCUCGAUAAGGCAAAAAAGCUCGACCCCGAGGAUAUUAUAUACCACUUUGAGUCCUCCCCAGGAAUUGUGGACUAUGAUCUCUACUCUCGUAUUGCCGGUUUUUAUGGCGAACUUUACGCGGAAAAUAUCAAUUUGAUAAAGUCAUUCUGCAUACUACGUCGAAACCACAAGGCUUCUAAAGAGAAGCUAGUUAAGUGGAAUCGACUUCUGGAGAAGGGAAAUCUUGAAACCAUCGUUAAUGGAGAGAUGGUGACUUUUAAAAGAGCUAAUCUGGAACAUGGAGACGUAACGGCCAUCUCUGAGUCCCCGACCCUUACCCCGAUACGGCGCUAUAUUCCCCAAGGGUCGGAUAAUCAGAAAACUCCCACUCAUUCAGAAAUUAGAGAACAUCAUUCUGACCCCGCAUCUACUCAAUCGCAAGACCUAAGGUAUGAUGAGCGUCGGCUUCCUCAAACCGACGAAUCACCAGAUACGCCAGUAGUUGUCAAAGAAAGGUCACUUCGCAGACCGCAAGUUUCGCCUCCCAUCUACCGUGCCGUUAAGGUGGAAGAGAGUCCUACAGAUGUCGGUACUGCUGAAAAGCCUUUCUAUAUCAAGAGCGAGCCAACGCCUAGCCCGUCGACCCAGAUAACUGACAUACCGCGUCAUGAAGACCUUGAAAAUCAUGGGCUCGGACCUGUUUCCAGUCCUACACUUGACCCGAUUGAGUCACCACUAUCCAGGCCCAAGUUUACUGUCUUGCCAGAUAGGCGUAGCCCUACACCGGAGCUUCAGGACGAUCAAUCGGAAUUUGAUGUAAACCAACAGGCGGAAUCACCCUACAAAAAACGAGGAAGACAGGCCCUACGCUCGGUUGAUAUCAAUGUGACUCCUAUGUCUAAAUCAAAAGGGUCCACAGAACCUCAAUCAAAACGACGAAAACGUGAUUUCUCAAGGGGAGCCCACGCCAUUCCAAGCGUUGCUGAAGACGGCGAAGCAGAAGAAUAUUUAAAGGGCCGACGAUCGCUACGUUCCUCUACAGCUGCAAAUACCAAGAACUGCACGCCAGCUGCUAAAAUGCGGCAGACACGGCUCCAAGAUCUUUUGGAAACUAGUCAUACACCAAGACCAAUUUUACUUUCUACCCCCCAGACGGCCAUAGCUAAGUCUAGCAAAUUUGCAACCCCUAGAACGCCAAACAACAAGGUUGAGGUUGAGAUGACACCAUGUGUUCUGCAACCCAACCCUCCAGAACAAACACAGAGUUAUGAUAUCAUUCCUUCUUCACAGGACGUGGACGAUGAUGAGAUACGCCCACAAUCCAGCUGUCGUCAUAGGCCUGUCAGUGAACUUGGCCUAGAACACUUCAAGCUUAAUCCGAGCAGGAAUCAAGGCCUAGACUACGCGUUCGAUGAAGUUGUUCGAGAUAAGAGUAUGAGAAAACAGCUUCGCGGAUGUCUAAGACAUGAGUGUUGCGGCCCGGUAUAUCGCAGCAUGGCUAAACAUGAGCUUGGCGAAGAACCUCGUCCCUUAAGCAAAUUGUCCCGCGCAGACCAUGAUCUCUUAAAGGGAGAUCUAGGCAUCAACUACGAGCAAUUGCUAGAGGGCAAGUCGCCGAUUGAGAUCCGUGAUAUGCUGAUUGAAGCUAAGGCCAGCGUCCUUUCAAAUAAGUUCAGCAAGCAUCGAAGUGCGCAUGCCCCCGGGAGGUCACCUCCUGGGUAUUGGAGAACAGACAUGCCGAACACACAAGAAAUUGAACUGGACCGGGCGACUGCAGAAAAGUUGGAGCGGGAGAAGGUUCUAGAUAGAUAUAAGGAGGCAUGCAAGGAUAACGGCUAUUGGAAGUUUGCGGAUGAGUAG